CACUUGGCAUAUGCUUUCUUUUCUAUCCAUUUCGACCCAAUUAGUUUAUCAGCAUAUGUCAAGUCCCGCUGCGCACUCCGUUCGUACGAAAACCUAUAAAGCUUUACACCAAUCGUUACAAAGUUUCAGUCAGAAUGAUUGAGGUCACGGUUUGGAUUUGUGCCACACUAUUGGCAUCGGUCUGUUCGGCUACUGACACAUUGGAUGAUUUCGAGGAGCGAAUCGUUGGUGGCAUUCCGGUGAACAUAACGGACUUUCCAUACCAGGUGUCAUUGCAACGGGGAAAACAUUUUUGCGGAGGUUCGGUGUUGAGCGAUCGAUGGAUCUUGACGGCAGCCCACUGCACCAGUGGUAUUUCUGAUCCGAGUAAACUAAACAUUCGUGCUGGAUCGAGUCAUGUUAGCCACGGAGGAACAGUUCUAACCGUACGGGAUAUUUACAUUCAUCCACGGCAUAACCGACAGAACCAUUAUGAUUUUUCGCUGUUGGAAUUAUCAGGAAAAUUAAAUCUUAGCGAAAGUGUUCAACCAAUCGAUUUGCCGGCUGCCGAUGAUUCAUUUGCGGACGAAACUCUCUGCGAAGUGUCCGGAUGGGGUAACACGCAGAAUGUGAACGAAUCUUCACUUAUGCUGAGGGCUGCGACUGUUCCGUUAUACAACCAGGCAAAAUGCAGCUCUAUCUACAAGGAGUACGGUGGUGUCAAAAGUAAUAUGAUUUGUGCUGGGUUUGAACAGGGCGGAAAAGAUUCGUGCCAGGGUGAUUCGGGCGGGCCACUGGCGUGUGGCGGAGUGCUGGUAGGAGUUGUUUCCUGGGGUAAGGGAUGCGCUCAAGCCGGGUAUCCAGGUGUAUACGGUAGAGUCACUAGUGCUGUGGAUUGGAUUACGGAAACAAUGAACGAAGUUGUUAGUUUAUAAAAAUAGAAAUAAAUUUCGGUAG